AUUCUUUCUUCCCACCACCGUCUCCCACUAAAAACCCCUCUGCCCUGACUCUCAAUUUCAUUUCCCCCGAUCUUGUCUAUUUUCACUAGAUCCAGCACCAAAAUGUCAAUAAGAGCACUGAACCCUAAUGCGGAAGUAUUGAACAAAUCGGCUGCACUUCAUAUGAACAUUAAUGCUGCUAAGGGCUUACAAGAUGUUCUAAAAUCCAAUCUCGGCCCUAAAGGCACCAUUAAGAUGCUUGUUGGAGGAGCUGGAGAUAUUAAGUUAACUAAGGAUGGUAACACUUUAUUAAAAGAAAUGCAAAUUCAAAAUCCUACUGCUAUUAUGAUUGCAAGGACAGCCGUUGCACAAGACGAUAUUAGUGGUGACGGGACUACUUCUACAGUCAUCUUUAUUGGCGAGCUAAUGAAACAGGCCGAGCGUUGUAUUGAUGAAGGGAUGCAUCCACGGGUUGUGGUUGAUGGUUUUGAAAUUGCAAAGAGGGCCACACUUGAAUUUCUUGAAAAGUUUAAGACUCCUGUAGUGAUGGGUGACGCACCUGAUAGAGAGAUACUAAAGAUGGUAGCAAGAACAACAUUAAGAACUAAGUUAUAUGAAGCUUUGGCAGAUCAAUUAACUGACAUAGUUGUGAAUGCGGUUCUAUGCAUCAAGAAACCUGAAGAAGCUAUUGACCUUUUUAUGGUUGAGAUUAUGCACAUGCGUCACAAGUUUGAUGUUGACACUCGUUUGGUGGAGGGUCUUGUUCUUGAUCAUGGAUCCAGGCACCCCGAUAUGAAGAGACGGGCAGAAAAUUGUCACAUCAUGACCUGUAAUGUAUCAUUGGAGUAUGAGAAAAGUGAAAUAAAUGCUGGAUUUUUCUACUCAAACGCGGAGCAGAGAGAAGCAAUGGUUGCUGCAGAGAGACGUUCUGUUGAUGAGAGAGUGAGAAAAAUCAUUGCUCUUAAAAACAAGGUUUGUGAUGGCACUGAAGACAACUUUGUUCUUAUUAAUCAGAAAGGGAUCGAUCCUCCAUCAUUGGAUCUUCUUGCUAGGGCAGGGAUUGUUGCUCUUCGAAGGGCCAAACGAAGAAACAUGGAACGUUUGGUUUUGGCAUGUGGUGGAGAAGCUGUGAACUCUGUGGAUGACCUAACCCCAGAUUGCCUUGGAUGGGCGGGACUCGUUUAUGAGCAUGUCCUUGGGGAAGAGAAGUAUACAUUUGUUGAGAAUGUAAGACAUCCCCAUUCGUGCACAAUUCUAAUUAAAGGACCAAAUGAUCACACAAUUGCUCAAAUUAAGGAUGCUGUUAGAGAUGGCUUGAGAGCUGUGAAAAAUACCAUUGAAGAUGCAGCCGUUGUUAGAGGUGCUGGUGCUUUCGAAGUUGCUGCUCGGCAGCAUCUGGUUAAUGAAGUGAAGAAGACCGUCAAAGGGCGUGCUCAACUUGGCAUCCAAGCUUUUGCUGAUGCGCUUCUUAUUGUGCCAAAAACGCUGGCUGAAAAUUCUGGACUUGACACUCAAGAUGUGAUAAUUUCUUUAACUGGAGAGCAUGACAAUGGGAAUGUUGUUGGGCUAAAUCAACACACUGGGGAUCCAAUUGACCCUCAGAUGGAGGGCAUUUUCGAUAAUUAUGCCGUGAAACGCCAAAUCAUCAACUCAGGGCCAGUAAUUGCAUCACAACUGCUACUUGUUGAUGAAGUGAUUCGUGCAGGUCGCAACAUGCGAAAGCCAACUUAGUUGCUCGUUACUACAGCUGCAGGUGGAAUGGUUUGUUUUUCAAUGCAGGACUGCCCCUUGAAUGGUCCCAAAAAAAGAGGAUUUUAUUUUCGAGAUUUUGGUCAACUUAGGAUGUGUUACAUUUUUAGCUGUCAGCUGUAGUAGACAGCUAAUCAAUUUGCUUUCAUACUAUUUUGAGGUGCUGAUGGAUAGACUGUUUAUGUUGGUCCACUGCCAACCUAAUUUUUGUUGGGUUUUUUCUUUUAUUAAUGAUACCUAGAACUUUUAAUGUGUUCUUUUAAUGAUAUCUAAGUAGUCCGUUCGUGAUA